UGUUAGCCGCCCGAUGAAGGGAACUCAAGGAGGGGAACCAAACAUCUCCUCUCAGUUCUCGUUGACAACUCUCAGUCCUGACCUCGGAGCAAGCGAAACUGGGCAAAAGCGACUGAAUUCCGAUCCCUUCCGACCUAAAGAGCUUGAGCUGGAGCUUGCUUUCAAUGGCGGUGAGGUGGUCGAUCCCAUGUCUUACGUUGUCGGCAUUGGUGCUGGCAUCUCUUUGUAUGGAGGCGCCAUCCUCUGCGGCAGCGUCGGAGGAUGCCUCAGCAGCAGCAGCAGCAGCAGCAGCUGCCGCCGCCGAUUUCGUGAAGAAGACCAUCUCCUCUCACAAGAUCGUCAUCUUCUCAAAAUCCUAUUGCCCGUACUGCCGGAGGGCUAAGGCUGUCUUCAAGGAGUUGAACCAAAAACCGUUCGUUGUUGAGCUUGAUCAAAGAGAGGAUGGGUCAAUAAUUCAAGCUGCAAUGGGUGAACGUGUAAAGAGGCAUACUGUACCACAGGUUUUCAUCGAUGGAAAGCACAUCGGAGGCUCUGAUGAUACUGUUGACGCGUAUGAAAGCGGAGAACUCGCUACUCUUCUGGGGAUCGAAGUAGACUAUGAUGAGGAAGAUCUCUGAGCCAUUAUAUAUAGAACUAAAGAGACUGAUCGAUGUUAUUUCGUUCUUCUGUUCUUUCUCGUGUCAUUAGUUAUCUGACUUUGUGAUAUUCUCCUCGAGUUCUACUAGAAUUUAAGUUCUUUGAACUAAACUGCCCAUGUAAUCCUCAAUGCGAUAUUCACAAAAUGAAUGGCUUUGGCUUUUUCCCUUGGCCACCUAAACUUCCA